CACAGUAGAGGAAUUCUGAUUAUAUUUCUAUUUUGUUUCCUCAGGCUCCCAGUUCUGAGACAACUGAAAAGAAUACAGAUAAUGGCAUGUCUGCGGAUGAAGAAAUCUUAACAGUUUGCAUCAGCAACAACCUUUAUGCAAUUCUUAAGAGAAGAGAGAACUAUCUAUGCCGUCUGCUUCAGAAGAAGUUUGGUUGCAUAACGGUCCUUAAAAGUAAAAGGAACCCCAUUGAAGUUUAUAGGAAUAACUUGAAAGAAGGAAUUGAAGUUUCAGUCUUAUUAGAUGACCUGACCAGACAUGAAGCCGAUGCUUUGGUGAAUGCAGCCAAUGAAAACCUACAUCAUUUUGGAGAUCUUGCAUUUGCCCUUCUGAAAACUGGUGGGCCAGAAAUUGAAAAGCAGUGCAAGCAUUUCAUUGAAAAGAAUGGACCUCUCCAUGCUGGCCAGAUUGCAGUCACUAGUGGAGGAAGACUGCCUUGCAAGCAAGUGAUCCAUAUAGUAAGCCCAAGAUGGUCCCAAGACCAGAGGGAAGAAUGUUGUCUUAGACUUGAAACAGCGAUUAUAAAUAUUCUGAAAUAUAGCAAUGCACCAGAAAACAAUAUCAAGUCGGUAGCCAUUCCUGCACUGAGCUCAGGAUUUUUCAACUUCCCACAGGAUUUAUGUGCUCAAGUGGUUGUCCAGACUAUAAAGAAUUUUAUUCAGCUAGCUCCAUUAUUUGGCUACUUGCAAGAAAUCCACCUUGUGAGCACUGAUGAGCCCACAGUUGAAAUAAUGAAAAGGGCUUGUGAAGAGCUGCUUGGGGUUAAUGACCUAGUGCCAUGGAAGGGAGCAUCAGAUUCCAUCAUAGUGAACAAUCUCUCCCUGCAGAUAAAAAAAGGGAAUAUAGAAAAUCAGCAAACUGCCAUUAUUAUCAACUCUGUGAUUGUGCAAGAUGAUCUUUCACAAGGAACCAUUUCAAGAGCAAUUCUAGAAAAAGCUGGUCUACCUUUGCAGGAGCAAUUUCUUUCUGAAUUACAGAAACUUCCAGCGGAUUGCUCUAAACUGGUAUGCACCAAAGGGUACAACAUCGCCUGUGAGUUUGUACUCCAUGUGAUAUGGCCUUCUCAGAAUGAGGGCAACACACAGCAGGCACUAAAAGCAGCUGUUUCUAAAAGCCUUCUCAAGACUCAGGAGCAGCAAUUUCCCUCCAUUUCUUUUCCUCCUCUUGGACUUGAAGAUCUACAUUUGCCAAAGGAUGAAGUGGCAGAUAUAAUGGUAGAGCAAAUAAUACGCUUUGCAAAAGAACAUCCUGGGGAAAAGCCAGAUGUAUAUAUUGUAAUUUCACCCACUAACGAUGAUGUUUAUGAGGCUUUCUGUACUAAGGUUAUGUCAAUCAAAAAUGAAGAAAGAAUGGACUGCUGCAGUAUGGAUGCUAUGGAAGUACAGACUGACAUGCAAGCCAAUGCAUUUCCUGAAAAAAAUGGACCGUUUGUAGAACUCAUUGGAUGUAAUCGUGAAACCUUAGAGGAAGCAGGACUUUGGCUGAAGAACAUAAUACAGGUUGAGGACACACAUCAAAUUGUUAUAAGAAAUUAUAGCCAUCUAAACUUUGGACAGAGUCAGCCUGUUGAACUGUCCCAUCUGCAACAACAUUUUGGCAUCACUGUACUGGAGAGUUUGACUAGAGAGGGGUCAGCAUUAGAGAUUGAAGGUCCUCCUCAAGCUGUGAUUGAUGCAACAUUUGCCAUUGAAUUCAUGCUACAGAAUACAACUGACCAAGAACGCCUGAGGGCAGAUGGACAUUUGGGGAAUGAUCUUCAUCAAGAAGGGUGCGCAGAGGUGGCAAGCAAAUACUGUUUCCAAGUUAUUCCAAUAGAGUCGUAUCUCCAAGAAUUCAAAGACAAAGAAAAACAGCUUGAAAAAUCUGGUCUCCGUGUUCUCAAGAUAGAGAAAAUAUAUAAUCCUGUCUUGGAAUCUGCUUUCCAAAGGAUUAAAAGAAAAGUAGAAGGAAAAAACAGUGGAAGGCCAGUAACGCACAGGUUAUACCAUCAUGUUCCAGCUCAAUAUUGCAGUCUGGUCUGCAAAACUGGAUUUCAGACAACCUAUUCCACUUCACAGGACCAGAAGUACGGAGCUGGCAUCUAUUUUAACAAGAAUCCCAGGAACCUUGUGGCAGAUACCAGGGAAAAGUGUGAAAUGGACCACCUGCUCUGUGCAUUUGAAGCAGAGGUUGUAACGGGCUUAUUCACUAGGGGCAAUCGAAGCUAUGUAGUACCACCAUUAAUUAAUGCAAGCGGAAUGAAACUCUAUGACAGUGUAGUUGACGAUAUUCACAACCCUGAAAUCUUUGUCAUUUUUAAUAGGGAACAGGCUCUGCCUCUGUAUUUGUUGACUUGUUCCCUGAUUUGGAAUCCAGGGCAGAAGACAAAUUUGGAGCCAUCAGCCUAGAAAAUAUGAGACCUCAGAUUUCAUCAGAAUGUGGGCACUGGGCAAUGUCUGUGUAUUUAGACGACAUCUACAGAUGGCAGCCUUUCAAUGUAGUGAGAAAUCUUGCUAUGAAAUGAUUUAAAUUAUCCUAAUUGCUUAGUGAGCAGCUUCAGCAAAGGAAGUUUAAAACCAUGUCAUUUUAUUUACAACAGAACUGCACUGACAAUUGUAAAAUAAAAUACCAACUUCA